AUGCCCCAAUUCAAAGUUAUCAUUAUCGGCGGUGGGCUCGCUGGCGCACUGCUUGCCAACGGUCUGUCUAACAAUCAGAUUGACUGGGCUCUCUACGAGAGAGACGACGAAGAUACGAAGAGAGAGGGUUACCAGAUCCGUCUCGGCGAUGCUGCAAUCAAGGGCUUAACAUCGUGUCUGGACAAGGCGACUUUGUCACAGAUAUCACGCAGGCUGGGACAGUCAAUGAGCAAAACACUAUCAGCGCCAACUAUUUGCAACAGACGAUUUCAGCCUGUCCUGGAUCUGUCCAGCAUUCACAUGUAUUCGAAAUCGGCUGCCAUAAACCGCGUGGUGUUGCGCGACCUUCUGCUUGAACCUGUCGCCAACACGGGCCGGGUCAGGUUCGGCAAGGCGUUUAGCCACUAUGAGAUUGAGAGUGACGAUGAGGGGCAUGAGACUGUUGUCGUUCAUUUUGCCGAUGGCUCUUCCGACACCUGCGACGUCUUAGUAGGGGCUGAUGGAAGUGGAUCUAAAGUCAACAAGCAGGUCGGUGCAAACAACCUAGUUGAUAUCCGGAGCCACUGGGCAUUUGUGUCCAAAGGAAGCCUUCCUGUGGAACGAAUCAGAGAACUCCCUCAAAGGCUGCUCAAAGGGCCCAUUAUCACCUUGGCGAAUGGCGUCACCUUUUUCUAUUCUCGUGGGUCACGUUGGAAACUCCCACAGUCGGAAUCAUCGAUCUGA